AUGGCCACCACGUGGAUCGAACGACGGUGGUUGUUGUGGACGUCCGUUCCGCUUGGUCAAGACAACACGGCAUGGUUGGAUUUCAGCAAAGCAUUCAGUGGCCGGACAGGCACCUACUACUGGCAGGACGUACCAGGAGUGCAGUCCAAACUUGCCACCUUCCUGGACGAAGCCAAGAAUGCAACAGAACAAGUCGUAGUGCGCACACUACAGACUAUGCUGAACGCCAAUCCUGAUGAGCGACCGGAUGCUGCAUCACUGACCAAGAUCUUUACUCCUGCGCCAUGCUGCCUCAACUGGCCAAACGACAAGGUGACCUUCCCCGGACCGCAUGAGGAGCUGAUUGCAGUGGAAAAGUUUGCGCACCAGCCUGGCAUUGACAAUUACAUCAAGCCGGAUGCUCAUGAGCGUGCCAAUUACAAUAGUGCAAAGACCUGGCUGGAUGAUUGCUUGUGUACCCAUGGUGGUUGUCAGCAGCAUCAGAAGAUAAGCGAUUCCGGUGGUCUUCCCAAACGCCUGAUUGAUACCCUUCCGGAGGGUCAAGCCGGAACCUAUGUGCGGAUCGUCGACGGCGACGCUCUCGAAGCAACCUCGCAGCAAGUCCAAUAUGCUGCUCUCAGUCACGCCUGGAGUGACGCAGAACCUCUCCUCUCGAGCGACUCGCUACCGAGAAUGCAAACCGAGCUAGGCCUACAAACGCUGCCUCUGGCAGUCAGGAAUGCCAUUUCCGAAGUGCAGCGCCUCGGCUUCCGAUACUGUUGGCUCGACUCUCUCUGUGUCCUCCAGGAUUCCCAGCAAGACCGGGAACACGAGUGCACAAACAUGUCUUCGACAUUCCGUAACGCGACACUCACCAUUGUCCUCGACCAGCAUGUCCAUGCAUGCGCGGUCGAGAAUGCUGGAGACAAACGCUCCGACACAACCACAAUUGCGACUCCUCGACUACCAGCCGACAUCCUUGCCACACCCAACCUAGGCUGGGAUACUCGGGCAUGGGUCCUCCAGGACCGUCUGCUCAGCCGACGCUUCCUCUAUCUAGGCGAGCAGCUAUACUGGGAGUGCAACACGCUCAAGGCCUCUCAGACAUUCCCUCACGGCCUGCCCUCUCUCCUGUGGGAAAAGGUACACACGCAAUACAGCCGAGGCGUCCAUAAAGAAGAAUCAUGA